AUGGUUCGGAUAAGCGAGGCGAUCAAAGAUGAUCACCGGAGACUGGAAUCUUACUACAACAUCAUCGUCAACUCCGAAGAUGAAGACGAGCAAACCAGAUUUCAGAAUCAGUUUACCUGGGAACUAGCACGACACGCCGUCGCCGAGGAGCUAGUAGUGUUCCCUGCAUUGCAAAAAGUUCGAUCUGACAGCCAAGAGAAGAUAGAUGAUGAUCGGCGUGAGCAUUCGGCGCUCAAAGAAAUGCUCUACGUUUUCCAAGACCUAAAGUCUUCUGAUCCACGCUUCUUCCCUACAAUUACGAUGCUGAUGGAAGGUCUUGCGCGGCAUAUGAUCGACGAAGAGACAAAUGACUUGGUCAUAUUGGAGGAGACACUCAGUUCUGAUGAGAGCGAGGGGCUAGGUGAAUCUCUUAGCCGUACCAAGAUGUUCGUACCCUCUCGCUCGCAUCCAUACGACCUGGACACCCCGCGCUUUGAGACUGUAGCCGACCUGAUCACAGCUCCUCUGGAUCGUCUUCAAGAUUUGUUCCGAAAGUGGCCGGAGGAGGAAAGCAUGCUGGCCGCGCCAUUGGAGUAG